UUUAAAUAAACUCCUAUGCAUAAGAAGUUACGAAUUGCAAAAAUAAAUGUUUUCUGUUCAUUGAGCAUGAUGUGUUGCCUACAAACCAGGCUACCUACAGAAGAGUUUUAUACAGGGCGAGUUUCAUGUUCACUAUCUCGUAAACCUUCCACAAAUAUCGAAGCCAUGACCAAAAAACCGAGAAAUAUCAUUUUCGAAAAGGCGCAGGAGUUCGCAUUUUCAAAUCGCAUAAAUUCAUUAUUCCGUCUUGAUCACUAUGGCACUAUUUUGGAGGUUAUCGAGGUUAUGAUAAUUUUAAAUCUACAGUAUUUUAAAUUGAAACCAGUGCUACCAACUACAAACUUUCCGAUUGGUAUAUUUAUAUUUUAUUUACGCGGUGCCGAGAAAUGGGAAGUAAUUCCGCAGUCGAUUAUCUAAUUUAUGCCAAAAUUAACUUAUUCAAAAUUGCAAAUGCUUUCCACUUUGACAAGAAUUUUUGAAUAAAUUUCGAAUUCAAUCGCAGGUCUACCAACUCAGUUUUCGAAUUUUUAAAUUGGCGUCUCAACCUUAAGUCAUUUUUGAGCAAAUUUUGCAAAAAUGGCCGAAUUUAUUGUUAACUGCAAUUUGUGUUUAUUAAGAUACAGUCCGAAUGUAUCUUUUUACGUGACAACAUGUGGACAUAUGAAAUGUGAACCUUGCACAGCAAAAUCAGAUGAUAAGACAAAAUGUGCAGUAUGCAAAUCACCUGCUCAGUUAAUACCGAUAAAUAACAACCUCAACCCGGAAAUGCUACCAUUCUUUCGUCCACUAAGCUAUAGUGUGGACCAAGCGAAACAGAUAUCCAAAUUUCAAGACCAAAACAAGACUAUAAUUAUAAAAAACUUGAAGAACAAGUGUAAAUUUGUAAAAGGAGAAAUGGUUAAAUGUUACGGAGCGCUACACGACUUAAAACGAGAGAAUGCCUCGCUUCAUUUGCAGCUACAGAAUAUGCUGAAAGCCGCAUCUGGAAACAAAUCGGUACCGAACAGACCUCCGAUAUUUCCUACAUCCGAUUGUUCGGCGUCCUCAUCGAUUUUUUCCAUUCAGCCGAAUGCUCUCGGAAGCAACCCCACGCUAUUCCCUCAAUCGACGACACCUUGGACAAAUGCUUCGCAUAUCGGAGCUCGCAUGAACGCGCAUCGACCGUUUAAUCCCCGACAAACCUUCAUGACACCCUCCGCAUCGUCAGUGGCUGAUGAUUCGUCCGAGAGUUGUUUCGAUCGAAGACCGUUAAGGGGUAGAAUUCACCCAGUAAUGAUGCCGAUUCGAAACCUAAAGAAGUAAAUCCAGCUGCGACCCACACGAUCUAUGAUUAUUACGUUGUUUGUGUUACAUCAUGAAUUUAAUUUAACUUUAGGUUUAAUUAAUUAAUUUUUGUUUUGGAAGUAGGUGUAGGUAUCACAUUAAGUUUUAUGCAAUUUACGACAAUAUUUCACUAUACUUUUUGAGUUUGUAUUAUAUGUCACUCUUUAUCUGAAUCAACUUGAUGAAAUGUAGGGACGCACAGAGGCAAAUAAAAGAAAUUUCAACAAAA